UUUUUAUUCACAAGCUCAUUGUGUGCGUUGCAGCUGGUUGACGAGUAUGGCGUCGUUUGGGUUCGGUAUUGGCGAUGUUAUCCUCGCUUGCCAGGGGGUUAUCUUCGUUUAUCAGCGCUGUAAGAAUGCGCCAAAGGAGAUCGACGAUGUCGCCGAGGAUGUGAAAAGAAUGGAGGCCACACUUGGACUCUUAGGAAGCGUCAUUCGAGACGAGAAAUCCUUUAUCGAAGAUCAUACCGAAGAUAUCGUUUCUAUGAUAACAAACGAGAUCCCACCAUUGAAACACAACGUUAAAAGGAUCAAAAGACUGAUCAGAAAAUGGACAAAAUUCCUCGAGCGGCACUGCUUCCGCGGGCUAAAUUUAUCGUCAUGGAUCUCGGCGACGUCAAGGACUUGAAAUCUGAUCUCACGGAUCACAGAGAAAACCUAGUGUAUGCCAUGCAGGUCAUUAGUUUUAGCCAUGAUGCGGCUCAGAGCGCUCAAGCCAAACAACAAGCAGUUCAGAGACGCCUAGAAAGAGCGAUUGAAGAGAAUGCAAGAAAGUUGAGGGAUGCCAGAGAAGAGUUGCAUCGACGUCAAAUCGAAAAUUUCCAAAAUCGAAUUUAUGAGGUGCUGAAGAAACAGGAGGAGAAAGAACCAAAUUCUGUAUCAGCAAUUGCUAAAAGUGGAAAUACAGUCCUUCUUGGAGCUCUUGAAAGGAAUCUUAUCGAGAGCGGGCUUCCAGCUCAAGACGUCAAGACGCAUAUGGGGAAUUUCCUCGCUAGUCUGCGGCAAGACCUCACACCACAGCCAGCGCAAAACAAGCCUCUCUUGAAUCAUGGUGGAUCACUCAAAGGUCGAACCGGCGUUGCUAGUCCAGUUCCAAAGCCGUCAACACGUCAACAACAUAACUCCAACAAUUCUCCAACUCAGUUUCCAGUUAGACCUAUGCCCAUUACGAGUUCCGAAGGAAUCAAAAUACUCUGUGUUGACAAUUCCAAUGGAGCUCGCUCGAUACUAGCAGCAACAUAUCUUGAAGUCAUGCGAGUUUGGACCAGCAACACGACCAACCGUUGGCUCUUCAAGCGUGUUGCCUCUGCCGGUCUCGCCGUAAGGAACAGCUACACAGAAUCGUACUUCAGAAUUCUCGACCCAGACUCAAGCAAACUCUACAAUGCCGGUGUUCCCCCCGAUACAAGAAUAAUGCCAUCUCUCCUUGCCCCGAAUCUCUACCCCUGGUCCAACGGUUACCCCUCAGAAACCUCUUCAAUAUCGCAGCGCAUGCAAUCUUUCAGUAGCACCGGUAUCACCGAGGCUGACUUUGAUUCUUAUCAUUACAUCAUCUGUUUUAACACUGCUGCUGAAGAAACACUAAAAGGAAUGCUACGCGAAUACCGAAAGAGAACAAAUCAGGGUGCCUUCUCGCCUCAAAUUCGAAUUCUCCCCGGCUGCGAUCCAUUCGAGGUUGCCAGCUCGCUUGCCGAUCCUACCAAGAUGGCGGGAAUGGUAAACUCCAUCAAAUCGGCGAUCAAAGGCUUUUUGACGAACGAGUUCAGAUGGGAUAUCGAUGCUUGCGCUACUGGGACAAGCCGGUUAAGGACCCUACAGAUUGUGCUACAGACUGAGCAGAUGAGACAUUUCUGCAGUGAGGAGAGCAGUAAUCUCAUAAUCUUGAAUCUUGAGGUAAUGAAGAGGUGGAGGGAAAUUACUAUAUGCAGUUUUUGGGUUGCGUUUAAUAGGACAUGGAUUGGGAGGACCGAGUGGUUAGUUUCGAUUAUCGGGAGUCAGGCGACAUUGAAGCAGGCUGAACAGCUUGUAAGGGGUGCGCAGUAUCAAUUGCCGAGGACUUAAGUCAAUAGGCAAACCAACUUCACUCGUCGGCCUUGUUGUCAGGUACCCCGUCUUUUGACAUUUGGUUCUGAUGACUGCCAUCAGUGGCCUGCUCCUUGCUAGGGAUAUUCAAGAAAUUAUCAUUCUCCUUGGUCUUUGUAGUGCCGUUAUACCCAAUCCACGAUCAAAUCAAUCAGUGG